UCAACGAUGGAUGCAAGCAGAACUGGGCAAUAGCAAAGCUGCAAUUCCGAUACAGAGACUUGCGUUCUUUAUUCUGUAUGUCCCGGGGAGGACCGAGACCUGAAACCGUGAUUAAAUGACACGUUUUUUGGAAACAGUGCUACGGACUUCUGCAAGCUCUCUGCUUCAGCGGCUUUGUUAAGGGUACUGACCCUUGUGUCCCAAGCCAGGUGUAUGAGCCGCCAGGAUAAUCCAGGCUGCCCCUAUGGAUCGGUUCAAUGGAUGCCUUCAAAUCCCCUUUUAAUAAUAACUCAAGUGUCAUCGGGUCUGCUGCCCAGCCAUCCAACACCGAGAUCCCGGCGGAGGCAGAAGCUGUUGCCUGGCCGCAGAGCCCCCAGGAUGGCACUGCCGCCGCCCCAGCCUCGGUCCCCGCUGUCUCUGGCUACUGGACGGCCGUCUUUGACUACGAUGCUAACGCCGAAGAUGAGCUCAGUUUACGGAAGGGGGACGUGGUCGAGGUGCUGUCGAAGGACUCGUUAGUUUCGGGGGAUGAGGGCUGGUGGACAGGGAUGAUAGAAGACCGGGUGGGCAUUUUUCCCAGCAACUACGUGAGGAGCGGACACUGCAUUUCGAGAAACCUGCAGGGCAAGGAUGCGGAGGACUAUUCGAACUGCCCCGCACACCCUUUACACCUGCUGGAGAUUGACUUCUCUGAGCUGGCCCUGGAGGAGAUCAUCGGUGUGGGGGGAUUCGGGAAGGUGUACCGGGCUCUGUGGCGCGGCUUGGAGGUUGCGGUGAAGGCGGCAAGGCGGGACCCUGACGAGGAAGUGGGCCAGACGCUGGAGAGCGUGCGGCAGGAGGCCAAGCUGUUCGCCAUGCUGCGCCACCCCAACAUCAUGGGCCUGGUGGGCGUCUGCCUGCUGGAGCCCAACCUGUGCUUGGUGAUGGAGUUCGCCCGUGGCGGAUCGCUCAAUCGGGUGCUGUCUGGCAAGAGGAUCCCCCCUCACAUGCUGGUGGACUGGGCAGUGCAGAUCGCCAGUGGCAUGCAUUACCUCCACUGCCAGGCGAUCGUGCCCAUCAUCCACCGCGACCUCAAGUCCAGCAACAUUCUGAUCCUGGAGAAGGUGGAGAACGCAGACCUGGGCAACAAGACCCUCAAGAUCACCGACUUCGGCCUGGCGCGGGAGUGGCACCGCACCACCAAGAUGAGCGCGGCGGGCACCUACGCCUGGAUGGCACCGGAGGUCAUCCGGUCGUCCACCUUCUCCAAGGGCAGCGAUGUGUGGAGCUACGGAGUGCUGCUCUGGGAGCUGCUGACAGGAGAGGUGCCAUUCCGGGGCAUCGACGGGCUUGCAGUGGCCUAUGGAGUGGCAAUGAACAAGCUGGCACUACCCAUCCCCACCACCUGUCCGGAACCGUUCGCCAAGCUGAUGGAGGACUGCUGGAACCCAGACCCACAUUCCCGCCCCACCUUUACCAGCAUCCUGGACCAGCUGACUGCCAUCGAGGAGUCGGGCUUCUUUGAGAUGCCAGCCGAGUCCUUCCACUCGCUACAGGAUGACUGGAAACUGGAGGUGCAGGAGAUGUUCGACCAGCUGCGGGCGAAAGAGAAGGAGCUACGCUCAUGGGAAGAGGAACUGAGCCGGGCAGCGCUGCAGCAGAAGAACCAGGAGGAGGCGCUGCGGCGGCGAGAGCAGGAGCUGGCGGAGCGCGAGAUCGACAUCUUGGAGCGCGAGCUGAACAUCAUCAUCCACCAGCUGUACCAGGAGAAGCCUCGCGUGGAGAGCCGCCAGGGCAAAUUCCGCAGAAACCGCCUCAAACUCCGUGACGGCAACCGCAUCAGCCUGCCUUCAGAUUUUCAGCACAAGAUCACAGUGCAGGCCUCGCCAACGCUGGACCGCAGGAAAAGCCUGAUGAGCAGCAGCUCCAGCCCCCCUGCCAGCCCCACCAUCAUCCCACGCCUCCGCGCCAUCCAGCUGACCCCGGGAGAAAGCAGCAAGACAUGGGGGCGGAAUGCUGCAUUCCAGCCUGACGGAGAGGACGAGGAGAGGAGAGGCCCCCGCAGGAAGGGCAGGACCUGGGGGCCGGGGCCGCUGUGUCACAGAGAGCUACAGACUGGGGACGAGAGUGUGAAGGUGCUGUUAGAGGGGAACAAGCAGUGGUCGUCCAGCACGCCCAACCUGCGCAGAUCACCUCGGAGCAGCCCCGCGGUGCCAGGUGUGCCCAGCGUGACAGAGAUGGACGAUGAAGACUGCUGCUAUGCAACAGAAGCAGGGGACAUUUCUUCGCCACCUGCAUCACCUAGCCACUCCUACCUCUGCAUCCCCUUCCACAGGGAGGGGCAUGUUGCCGAGGGCAACGGGGAACAUGCCUCCACUGUCUGUGCCCCGGACACGCCCCCCAGCAGCAUGAAGCGCAGCCCAGCGGGGGGUCGGAGGUCAGAGCUGGUGCUGCUGGGGUGCGGGGCUCUGCUGGCUGCAGUAGGGCUGGGUUUUGACCUGUUGGGCCUCAGCCGGCCUGAGGAGAGCAAGCACCGCAGGGAGGGUUUCUUCCACCGCACGGGGGGCCAGCGACGCAGCACAAGCCCCCCCACCAGGAAGCUGUUCCGGAAGGAGAGCCCCAUGCCUCGCCCUGUCCCCCUUGCCGAGAGACCCUUCCCCUCCUCCCUCACCCUCCUGUCUCUCUCCUCCAUCUCGGACUGCAACUCCACGCGUUCCCUCCUGCGGUCCGACAGCGAGGAGCUGCUGGUUUACAGGCCGCCUCCGGCCCCGAACCCCCUGGUCAACACUCACCUGGAGAGUUUCAAACGCCACCCCCGCCAGUCCCUCACACCCACACAUGUCCCUGCUGCCCCCAGCACCAAUCACAGCCUCCGACGGACGCCCUCCGAUGGAGCCAUCAAGAGAGGGUGCCCCCAAAGUAGCAUUCAGCCAUUAUCUGGCAGCGCAGAGGGACCUGCCGAUCCCCCAGCAUGCAGCCCGAGGGGUCUCAAGAGCGACGUCUCAGAGGUGCCCCGUCUGCCAGACCCCAACCUGGUGUUCCCCCCGACCCCUCGGCGCCGCUGCCCCCCCGAGCGCCCCAAAACCCUGGACGUGUUGGCCCGGCCUCGCCCCUCACCCCGAGUGUGCCGGGAGCUCUCCUGGGGGGACUCCCCGGGCGGUCGAGGGGGCUGCGGGGUGUCCCCCGCUCACAGCUCCAGCACUGGUACCCCACCCACUUUGGAGUUGGGCGGGGCAGGGGGGGUCCACUGCAGUGAGAGGCCCCGUACCCUUGAGCCGCCCACCCCCUCCACCCAGCAGCGCAGAACCCUGCUCGACCAAGACGAUGAGGGGCAGUGCCGGGACGGGACGCUCCCUCUCUGCAGACCUGAAUCGCAGAUCCCCAAGCAUUCCCCCUUUCGCCUCCGACCAGGUUUCUGGUCUUAGCUUGUCCAUUCUUGCCCCCCUGACAAGCACGCACCUGUCCUGGUUCCUGUGCAGGGGCGGUCGUCUUUUUUUAUUCAUUUCUGCUUUCAUUUUUUUAGCCUUCCAUAAUUCAAACUCAUCCAGAAGCAUCCUCUUUCAUUGAAGAAGACAGAUGGGAGACCAAUUGCUAACGAGCUGCUGCUAAAGUUGAGACAGCUGUCCUUGAUACCUUCCUGGCUGUAAUUUUGUUACGUUCUGCACACAAAUUUCAGUUUUUGUUUCAGAUGUGGCAAAGGGUAUGCAGUAAACAUAGAUCAGAUAAACAGAGCAAAAACAGUAGCAAAAUACUCUUGUUAACAGCUGGCUUUUUUCUCAGAUGCACUGAACCCUUCAUAGAGCUUUAACAUAUUUUGUAAACUUUCAUGAAAGUGUCUUUCAUUCUCUUUCUGCUGUUCAUGGCACACAGGAAGAGCAGCUUCAUGAAUGUAAGGCUUGAUUGUAUUGAUGGAAACAGACCUGAAAGCAAUUGUACCUUGAGAAACAGGCCUUGAACCUAAAGAGUUCUUUGAGGAAAUGUUUCCUUUCUAAUCCUUCUCGCUUAGUCUGGACUUCUAAACAGCAGUUGUCAACAUAACAUGUGAAGUGGAAAAUAGUGAUAUUGUACAAAAGACCUAUAAUCUUUUCGAGCUGUUUUGGACAGCACUGAUUUCUGGGUUCAUCUAAAUCUUUCUGUAUCUACCCAGUUGUUCUGCACUAACGGUACUGUGGUCUCUAAGUACCAAUAAAAAGUAGGUCCUGUUUCCCCCCUAAAUUAAUAUUUAAAAACACAGCAGACAUAAUGUAGCGUAAUUUAGGCUCAUAUUAAUCAAGAUUUCUGCUCACUUCCCUUUAAAAAUUGCAAAUCUUACACUCGGUGGUAAAAUCUACAUUGGAUUGAACUGAACUGGGUACAUAAUUUGGGAUUGGUGGGAAAGACAGAGUUUUUAUUAAAGCUCUGUUUCAAAGUGUCCCUCGCGCUGUUAGUGCUAUUUCAUUUGGAACAUACAGUAUUAAUAUCUAGAGGUUAGGGACCUCUUCUCUGGAAGCCUGCAAAGUGAAUUGAAUUGUUACCUGGGUGAUCACAUACUGUAUAGUGUCUCUGUGUUCACUGGGACAUUUUGAGACAUGACAGGAUUUUUAUAAAGCAUUUAGGCUGAGGGACUUGGAGAAGAUUUGCAAUUUUAAAGUUGCAGUAAGAAAAAAUAAUUGCAGCAAAAAUUUGUAUGAUUGUCAUUUUGAAGCAUUAUUAUGUGGUUUAUUAUUAAGGAAAUUGUCACUUGACAUACUAUUGAAUCCUUACAAUAAAAUAUGCUUUAUGAACUUAUUUAUGCUACUAUUGCACUCGAUUAAGUAGUUCUACUCGAUGAGCAACGGAGCAUUAUGUUUUAUGAAAAUUUAAACCAUCUGGUCUGUCUCAAAGUGUCCCAAAAGGUCCCCCUACCUGUAACCAGCACCUACAGGCAUAUGAGUAAGAGACCACAGAGGUCCCAAAAUGAAUGUAUUGGCAAAAAAAAAAACAAUCCACACACCCCAAAGGGCUUUCUGUGGUUUUUUGUUUUGUGCUUCAAAAUUAAGAAUCACAGUGUCAGAAUCAGUUUUUAAGUAAAAAGAACUUCUGAGAACAAAUCCGCAUAAGGAACCUUAUGAAGAUCUUGUAAUCAAGGGAAAGUCAGCCGUGUGCCAGUGUCACAGAAUGUGUGGUGAACAUGCUGUUUUCCGUUCCUUCAGAAACACGAAUGUAGCAAACGUUUGCCAUCUUGGGCCUUUGUCUAGGGUCCCUUUGGCUGCUCCCAGAACCCACUGAGGUUCAUCCCUGUGUCUUAAAAUACACUUGAGGUGCUUUCUGUUGCCACAGUAUCAGUUUCCUGUGUGCUAAUGUCCGUUUGGAUGGGGAACAUAUGCAAGGUACACCUAUUGACUGUAAUUUCCGCUGCUAAUUUUUGCGUCAUCGUAAAGUAACUGUCACAGCUGUCAGCCUGUAAUGGUUGGUUUGGAAAUUUUUCACCACACCUGUAAUCCAGUCAGAAUUUCAAUGCACUUACAAAUACAGUGCAAAACGUUGGAGAACUGAAAGUACUUCACCUAUUAGGCUGGCUUGUACCAGGCAUUGUGACGCAAACCGUUCGUCUGUUCUGUUUGGCUUCAUGCAUUUAAAUUUUAUUUGCAAACUGCCAAUGUAAUGUAUUUAUUUCUCAGUCCAUCUCACUAUAGCCGUUUAAAUAAGUAUUAAUAAUGGUUUAUCCAACGCAACAUACCUUUUCACACUAGGGGACAUUUUCCUAAAACAUGCUGAGAAAAUGAUGGUACUCAAGAGUACAAUAGCUGGGGUUUGAACCCACAAUCUUCUAAUUUGUCCUGCCCUAACCAGUGUUCCAUAUUCCUGGCUGGGAUGGGUAUUAACAUCUGCAAUACUGAAAGCAGUUUUGUCCAUAAACCAUCACAUUCAAUAUAAAUACUUCAUUCCAUGCUCACUGAAUAUAGAAGUGUAGCUGUUGAAGUCCAGAUUCAAUAAAACCGUCAAGCAAGCUGUUGCAGUGCAAAUUCCAAAGCCUAGGGCUUGAUUGCAAAUUUCCGAUGGUUUAAAACCAGGCCACCAGCAGAAGGUACUAAGUUUAGGAAUUAUGCUGGGAGGAUGGGUCAAAUUUCAUUUUCAAAUGUAGGCCUACAACUACAACUGAUGGCGAAACCUACAAUUAAACUGUAAAUGUAGUGUCUAGGAAAAAAAGUGACAGAGAACCUAAAUUAAUUUGUUGUUGAAGCAGCUUACAUUUUUCUUUCCUGUUUCUCAAUAUUACUGUGAUUUGCUAACUUCAAAACUGAACUGUGCUGUGGUACUUGACAUCAGUGGCUAGUUACAUUUUCUCUAAAGGUGUGUGGUACUGUAUGUGAGGUUCCCUCUUUUAUGGUGUGUGUGGUUUAUCUGUGUUUGCAGACUACUUUGGAAUUUGGAAUUCUGUGCUGCUGUCUUUUUUUUUCCGCUUACAACCUAUUUACCUAAACACACCACACAUUAAGAUAUAGAAUUUCCCUUAACGUACUUUGAGGUUUUCUUUGGUCAUUAAGGCUGAAAGGGUCUGGCACAAGCACUUAGAUGAUAAUGCUGGGAAACCUUUGUGAAGUGAGGUAAAUACAUUUUAUUUAGGCUUUCCUGCUCAGCAGAAGAAAACUGGUCUUCAGAAGAUGUACCUUCCACCUCAAUUGCAAACAAGAUGGCACAAGUUUUCAAAUGGCUACAAACCACAGCUCUAAUCCCAUAGCACCUGUAAUGUUUUGGUGGCUCAGUUUAUAGUUAAUACAAUAAAGUCUUGCUCUGUUUCCAAGAUGCUGGAAGUCCUUCUCCUGGAAGCCCUGGUGGCAUUUUUGAUUUGUUUAUUUAUUUGUUAUUUAUUUAUAUGUUUUUUAUAUGUUUGUUCUUUUGUAUGAAGCUUUUUCAGUGAUCGAAUGAAAAUAUUGUUUUUUUUCCCUUCAGUAGGGACCAUAAUUGUGACACAAUCAGCAGCCUGUAAGGGUAGCAGUAUGGCAGUGACAAAGGAUAAUGAAACCAUUUGAAAAACAACUUUAGGACUUAAGAGGCUUCUGUUGAGGUGUUGCCCUCCAUUAUGAAGUCAUUUGUUCUUUUCAUGUCCAAAAAGUUUCUUCCUGGCCAGUUCAAAGUGGGUGUCUCAUAAGGUGCAAAUAUAUUUUCAUAUGUAGUGUCCUUGUACCCAAUGCAGUUCUGAAAAAUAAUAUUUGAAAAGGUUUGAGUCACAUUUGAAUGUAGCCUGGAGUAGUAAUCCAAUUGGUAAUAUAGAUGUAAAACACACUGUUUCAUAGUGGAUCUAUGCUCUCUGUAUCAGCCAUCUCCAUUUUUCUAUUAGGAAAACAGCAGUGGGGAAAACCCUUCUGUUUUACAAAUGAAGCCUGCAUGUGAGCAACAUGAAUUAGAGAUUUCCUGGACAGCAGUACAGUAGUGGUUCCCACACAAAUUUGUAUCUUCUUUUGCAAAACACUUUUAUGUUUUUAAACAUAUUUAUUUUCCUGCAAACAAUCUAGUGUUGAUGAAUCUAUCGGGGGUAUCACCCAGGUGUUGAAAUGACUCAACUCAUUUUGAUGAAAUCAUGCUGUGAUCUCGCAAAACUGUACUGUAUGUGAAUGUCAGCAUCCAAGUUCUGACUCGUAUUCUUUCCUAAUUAAAAUGUGCAACUCUCAAAAUAGCUUGCUAAUAAUGUGGUAUAACACAUUGUAUCACACAAGGGUCUCCAGCCCUGUUCCAGGAGAGCUCUGAUUCCGUUAUUCUUAGUUAAGUCAUGUGUCAAUGAAGGAAACACUAGUCUGGUAUUCUGCUAUUUUAUCCUAAAGAUCUCUAAAUGACUUAAUUGGAUACACCAUCUGUUUUAUUGAUUACAGUGAAAUUGUUCCAGGUCUUUAAAAAAUCCUGAUUUACAGGCUACCUAUAAAGUCUGCAGGACUAGCGCUCUCCGGGCCUAGAAGUGUAGAUCUCUGCUGUAUCGAGUUCAAAAAUACAAAGUGGUGUCUGGAUCGAAUUUCAAAUAGCUUUUUAUAAUCGGUUUUAUUUUCUAGAAUUACAAUUGGGAAGCAAUACACUGGCCACCUAAGAUUCAUAACAUUUCACACACUGCUACUCAAACGGCGGCGGCCCUUCCAACCUCCUGCACUCCAGAAUUGUGUUCCAACCAACUCCUUAAUUCUUUUCACCAAUAAAUCUACCAGAUCGCUAUGGCAGUGAAGUUGUUGGUUUUAUCAGAUGUCUGCAAUGGAGCAAAUUGGAUGGGCUGCAUGUUGAGCAGCCCUGCUCUAACAGCACUUAGAAGAUUCCCAAAUCAAGGAUUGAGAAAAGCCUUGUGAGCUCUGCAGGAUUCCCGAGCCUUGGUGUAGACAGAGGGAUUUACCUGAAACAAAUUGGCCAUCUUUCGUCAUCCAAAACCUUCUGUCCAAGUCAGGUGUCAUAGAAUUUUGUCAUCAAGCUGUAUUUGUUCCACAGUAUGCACCACUGUCAUUGUUGAAACGUUGGUUUGUUUUCUGAUGUCAGAAAGUUUUAAAAACCACAAGCUGUGCUGUAAACAUUUUUUUAAUAACGUUGUUAAGUUGUAGAAUAUUUGAAUAUUGAAAAAUAAGCUGUUUGUCCUCAUAUUUAAACCAAGGAUGCCAAGCAGGCUUGGUUCUAUGGCUAUAGGUACUAUUAUGAUAAUGACAAAGAUGAUUAUUAUAAUGAUGGUGACAGUAUUAUUAUUAUUGCAUUCAGUAUAUGACACUGUUAUAGGAUUUGUAUCUGCACUGGAGCACAUAGACCAAUAAAAUCAUAGUAAAAAAGAAA